UAAAAAUGGCCGACGAGGUAAGGGAAACAAACACAGCUGCUGAGGAAAGCGACGUCAAAGAACAGGAAUCCAAAGUUUUGGAAGUUAUUCCAGACAGCCACCCUGUUGGCAUUAGCAGCGAUGAAGAGGCUCCAAAAGACAAACCGGCGACCGAGAGCAACUGGUCAACACCGAUCCUGUCGCUAGCACGGAAGGCGACCGAGACGAUCAGCAGUGGGGUUAGCUACGGUGCAGCUUUGAGAAACGCCAAAUCGUCGGGAUCUGCCGUGAGCUCUGCUACCAGUCCGACUAAACAAAACUCUACCGAGAAUGACACACACACUAACCAAUACCUACCAGCAGUGAAGGACCAUAUGGCUGUGGAGCGCUCCAACCUGUUCAGUAUGAUGAAGCUGAGUAUUAAGGUCCUGAUCCAGUCAUCUCUGAGUCUGGGAAGAACCCUGGACUCUGACUACCCUCCUCUGCAGCAGUUCUUUGUGGUUCUGGAGCACUGCCUCAAACACGGACUGAAAGUGAAGAAGUCAUUCAUCAAUCAGAAUAAAUCUAUCUGGGGUCCUCUGGAGCUGGUUCAGAAGCUGUGUCCUGAGUCUACUGAUAUUGCCACCAGCGCCAGAGACCUGCCAGGGCUAAAGACUGGGUUGGGUCGGGCUCGGGCCUGGCUGCAUCUGGCCCUGAUGCAGAAGAAAUUGUCUGACUACCUGAAAGCCCUGUUGGACCAUAAGGACCUCCUGGGUGAGUUCUAUGAUCCAGGAGCGUUGAUGAUGGAGGAGGAGGGGACAGUGAUAGGAGGGAUGCUGGUGGGGCUAAACGUCAUUGACGCUAACCUCUGUAUCAAAGGAGAGGACCUGGACUCCCAGGUGGGGGUCAUAGACUUCUCCUUGUACCUGAAGGACCCUAUGACCACUGAGACCACUAAGGACGAUGCUAAGAUGACGGCCAUAUUGGACCAGAAGCACUACAUUGAAGAGCUGAACAGACACCUGAGCUGCUCCGUCACUGACCUGCAGGCCAAGAUGGACUCCAUAGAGAAGACCAACAGCAAGCUCAUUGAGGAGCUGACGGCAGCGACAGACAGGAUUAACUCUUUACAGGAGGAACAGGAAACACUGAGACAUGAGAAUGAGACCAUCGUCCAGAGCAGCCAGAAGAAAGAGGAGGCGACCCUGGAGGACAGCGCAGUAGAGCUGGAGACAUACAGACAGACACGGCAGGGCCUGGAUGAGAUGUACAGCGUGGUGUGGAAACAGUACCAGGAGGAGAAACGCAUCAGACAGGAGUUGGAGCGGGAGUUGGAGCUGCAGGUAGGACUAAAGCAGGAGAUGGAGAUGGCCAUGAGGCUGCUGGAGAAAGACACACAUGAGAAACAGGACACACUGCAAGCCCUCCGACAACAACUAGACCAGGUCAAAACCCUCAACCUGCAGAUGUUCCAUAAGGCAGAGGACUGUGAGAGUGAUGCCCAGAGGAAGCAGGAGGAGGUGGGACAACUGGAGGAGAAGAUGAACCAGAUGGAGACUACCAUUAAGGAGAUGGAGCAGAGACUGCAGAACUCGGAGCGUGAUCGCAGACAAAGUGACCAGACAGACAGAGACAUGAGGACAGAGCUGGAGGGCAGAGUAGACUCCCUACAGAAACAGCUGUCUGACCUGGACACACUGAGGCUGGGUCUGGAGAGUGAUCUGCGCAGUGAGAAGGAGCAGAGACAGGCCAUUCAGAGAGCUCUACAGAGAGAACAGGACAACAGCACUGAGCUACGCACCCAACUACAACAGAUACAGGGGCUACACAUGGAGCUGCAGGAUGUUCGUCAGGAGAAGAAGCAGCUCCAGCAGACCUGUCAGGAGCAGGAGACAGCCUUACAGGAGAUGGGCCUACACCUCAGCCAGUCUAAACUGAAGAUGGAGGACUUCAAAGAGGUCAAUAAAGCCCUCAAGGGCCAAGCCUGGCUGAAAGACAACGAGGCUACACAGUGUAAACAGUGUCAGAAGGAGUUCUCCAUCGCUCGCAGAAAGCACCACUGUAGGAACUGUGGAGAUAUCUACUGCAACAGUUGUUCUAGUAAUGAGUUGGCCCUGCCCUCCUACCCUCGACCUGUACGGGUCUGUGACAUCUGCCACUCCCUACUGCUGCAGAGGAGCACCUCUUCCACCACCUCCUGACACACAAGCAGACCCUCAUACAUACUCUCUCCUUCUCACACAAGCAGACCCUCAUACAUACUCUCUCCUUCUCACGCAAGCAGACACGCUCACACGUUUCACUCAUAAUCUUUCUUUCUUCCCUCACUCUCAAGUCAUUGCAGUGAUCUAGGCUACUGUGCUCAAAGCCCACAGUACUCUUGGUCAUUGAGAACACAUUUUAAUCAAAUUUGAGCAGGAACAGUGGAUUUGGUGUGAUCUAUAAUAUUUAUAAAGCUCUGUUUCGCCACUUACCUGAAAUUCAGGAUCUUUGGCACGGUUUACUUUUGAACUGUAGAGGGUUCUAUCCACUUCUUGAUUUGGGCUAAUACUGCCUUCUCUCUUUUAAACUCAUCUGGGGGGAUUUCACAAAGUAAGCUCACUAAAGAAUACAAUGAGUCAGCCAGCUAAUUGUCAUAAUGUUAUGAACUAACUCCAUUCCCAGUUAUACUCCAUAUACCCUCUAGGAUGCUGAAUUUAAAGGAUAGUGGUAGUUGAAGGGAGCCACAGGGUAUUGGAACAGGCAUCAGUAUUUGUUGUACUAUGAAUGACCAAAUAUGCAACCAUGUCACAAUUGCGGGAAAAUUUUAGACGAACUGACCUUCAAUAAUAGCAUUGAAUUGAAAUAGUUCAAGAAAACCAACGUUGAUUCGCUUUAUUAUAGUAAUUUGAAUCAGGAGUCUUAAAUUUAGCUUUGAAAAGGUCUUAGAGGCGAUUGUAUAGAUUCAUGAUUCUUUCACUUCCAGUGAAGCAAAGGAACAGUUAUUUUCUGUUCAUCUCAACCUGCCUAGCUGAAUAAUUGUGGAUUUAUUAGACCCAGGUCUUUUUUUUAUUGUAAAUGACUACAGAAUGUUCUUAACACAUUAAGAUGUCUAUUUUAGAAUGUAUAGAAUUAUCAUUUUGUGCAUUGAUUGUGACCAGUGCUACUAAACUGCCAUUUUCUGACGAAUUAUUGGGGCAUGUUUUCUAUCUAGAUAUUUGAUAGAUAUCUAAUUUAAUAAAAAUGUAUCUGAAUGUG